AUGAAGUCUAAUGGAGAACUUUGGUGAGAAGAAGAAGUUGAGAGUGUAUAUAAAUUCUUUUUAAAAUUAUCCAUACUCUCGUGCACUACUCCAUCAAUAAACCUAAUAAAAGAAUUUCUUAUCCCAAGCGAGUAUACCUGAAAAUUUUUUGCUCCAAUACUUACAAUAAAUAUCAUAUGCUUAUUAGUAGUAUAUUCAGCCACUAAAAAGACUCCUUUACAUAAAAUAAUCGUUAUAAUUAUUUGCCAUGAGUUUCACAAUCUUCAACUUUUGCAAUUAUCAAAAACUCAGUUAAAUAGCAAAAUUUUUGAAGUUCUAGCAUUUAUCACAAGAGCUGAAAUCGAAUUUACAAUUAUAAAAGAUAAGUGAAUUUUUAAUUUUCUUAUUUUAAUCCACAUAUGCGAGUGACAUGUCCAGCUUGAUACCUCAGAUCCUUUCUCUCUCCUUACUGAUGUUAUGAUUUUAGUUAUACUUUGUAAUGUUAGCCGAAUUCACAUAAUGAAAAUCUCAUUUGAAAGGUUUGUCUAUAGAAAAGAGUUGGAAAAUACAACAAAUCGAUUAAAUACGAUAGCACAAGCUUUAUUUGAAGGAAUAAUUAUUUUAUCAGAAAAUGCCGGAGUAGUAUUUUAUAACGAAGAAGCUUUGGAAUUGCUUAGGACUACAGCAGAAAAUUUGAAAUCUGAUUUAAAUUCAAUAAAAUAUAUUGAUGGCAAAAAAAUAGCAAGGUUCAGCGACUCUACAAACUUAAUUGAUGAUAUUGUCUAUUUACUGAAUAACCCUCGGCAUGAAGAAACUCUACUUGGGAUUUCAUUUAUUGGAAGUACAAAUAUUGAGUGAAAAGCAAAAAAUAUCAUCUGAGAAAGCAAGCCUUCAUUGUUUAUUUCAAUCAGAAAUGCAAAUCAAAUUAUAGAGCUUGAGAAAAACAUUUCAAAAGAAAAUUUAAAAAACUUAAUUUUAAGAUCAGCCUCACAUGAACUAAAAACACCUUUAAACUCAAUUAUUUAUUUUACUAGCGAACUUUUAGAAGACAAAACCUUGAUAAAAGACGAGAUUUUAAAGAAGAAACUUAAAACUGUCUUGGUUUCAGGAAAACUGAUGCUUUCUUUAGUUAAUGAUUUGCUUGACUAUUCAAAAAUUCUGACUGGAGGGCUAAAUAUCCAAAAGAAAUUGUGUAAUAUAGAAGAAAUCAUUAUAAAUACAUGUGACUUGAUACAACUUCAAGCUGAAAAAAAGAAAUUGUCUGUCAUUUAUAGAUUUGACUCUUUAUUACCAAGGAAAGUUUAUACAGAUCCUCUACGAUUUGGUCAAAUUUUACUCAAUUUAGCAACAAAUGCAAUUAGGCACACUUUAAAAGGGAAAAUUGAAAUUUCUUGUAACUUAACACCAAAAAAUAUGUUGAAAUGCUAUGUAGAAGACACAGGGAUAGGAAUUAAUGACCAAAAACUUAAAAGAAUGACCCAAGAGCUGAAUUCUUUUGCAAUACCUACAGUUGAUUCAACAGGAAAAGGACUAGGAAUUCAUAUAUCAAACCUUCUCUGUAAGCAAUUAGGCGGAAAAGUUCUGAAAGGAAAAUCAACUUUAGGGAAAGGAUCAAUUUUUUCUUUUAAAAUAGAUAUAAAUAACCCAAAUAGUUUUCAGCCAAUAGACCAAGUAAUAAGCGUUGAAGAAUGCAAUGAAAAUGCUAUGCCAGAAUCUUCACUGUCAAUUAAUUGUCUAGAGCAAUAUUCUUUGAACCAGAGCGUUUUAAUCGUAGACGAUAUGGAAUUUAAUUUAGAAAUCCUUGGCUCUAUUUUCAAAAAUUAUGGAGUCGCGUUUUGUGAAGCUAUAAAUGGAAAAAUUGCAAUUGAAAAAGUAAUUGAGCAUGACAAAAAGCAAAGACCUUUUAAAGUAAUUAUGAUGGACUCAAGUAUGCCCGAAAUGGAUGGAUGAGAAGCCUCAAAAAAUAUAAAUAAACUUUAUAGAGAAGGAAAUAUUCGUUUUUUGCCUGUUAUUAUUGGACACUCUGCAUAUAACUCAGACGAAGACGUUAAACUUUGCUUCGAAAGCGGGAUGGCCGAGUUUUUACCUAAGCCAUGCUCACCAGAAGAAAUUAUUCAAACUGUAAUUAAAUACUUAUAA